CCGCCCACCAAUCCGCACCUCCGCGCGUCUGCGCAUGCUCCUGGGAGCGGGCCCCGCCCUCCGCCUGCCUCAGAACCGCUGUCAGCAAGCGGAGAGGCUCGGCCCGGCUUGGCUCGGCUCGGCCUGGCCUAGUCUAGCCUCGUCCUUCGCGGCCUUAGAGCGGGGCGGAAGCCGGGAAGGGACCCGCUGAGUGGGGGGAGGGACGGACUGUGCGAGGGAGGGGCCGAGCGAACGAGCUCCGUCGCCAUGGGAACCCGCGACGACGAGUACGACUAUCUCUUCAAAGUGGUGCUGAUUGGAGACUCCGGUGUGGGGAAGAGCAACCUCUUGUCCCGUUUCACGCGCAACGAGUUCAACCUGGAGAGCAAGAGCACCAUUGGAGUGGAGUUUGCCACCCGGAGCAUCCAGGUGGACGGGAAGACGAUAAAGGCGCAGAUCUGGGACACUGCUGGCCAGGAGCGGUACCGGGCCAUCACCUCAGCCUAUUACCGGGGCGCCGUUGGGGCCCUCCUGGUCUACGACAUUGCCAAGCACCUGACCUACGAGAACGUGGAGCGCUGGCUGAAAGAGCUGCGGGAUCACGCGGACAACAACAUUGUUAUCAUGCUCGUGGGGAACAAGAGCGACCUGCGCCACCUCCGGGCGGUGCCCACGGACGAGGCCCGGGCCUUUGCAGAAAAAAACAACCUGUCGUUCAUUGAAACCUCAGCCCUGGACUCCACAAAUGUAGAAGAAGCUUUCAAGAACAUCCUUACUGAGAUCUACCGCAUCGUGUCCCAGAAGCAGAUUGCAGACCGGUCCGCCCACGACGAGUCCCCUGGCAACAACGUGGUGGACAUCAGCGUACCCCCUACCACCGACGGACAGAAAUCGAACAAACUCCAGUGUUGCCAGAACCUGUGACCUAACCGGGGGGCCGCCUCUUCCCACUUCUCUCCUGGCCUGUGCUGCUUUCCCUUGGAAACUUCUGUGUGUGUGUGCGCGCGCGUGUGUGGGUGUAUGUGUGCACUCCUCGUUCCCCCUCCCUCCUUCCUCCUCCCUGCCUUUCCAUCCUAGAGCAUUAUCGGUAGGGCUGACCUCCCUUUCCCCUCUUGAGUCCUUUUGGCUCCUUUUUUUUUUUUUUUUUUUUUGGUUUAUUGCCGUGUUCCUGAAUAAUAAUGGAUGCUAAUUGCGGGUGAGAGGCUUGUUGUUAAUGGUGGGUUUGAGUUCCUCUUUCUGUGCAUCUCACUUGUAAGAAAGGGGCAGGGUUUUUUUUAAUCCUCAAGAGCAGAUGAAACAACUGUCCAUGGUGGGAAGUCAGGAAAGAGGCUUAGCUUUUGUUUAGGCCAGUGUUGAGCCAUUCUACGGCCAUCAGAGAAAUCUGUUAAACCGAGAAUGUGUCCCCACUUUGGGCUUAUAGGAAUUGUGUCCUUGGGGUCCUGGUUUCUUGUUCUCGCAUGCCCAUGCAUGUUUAGAAUCUGUUGAGGAGAACUUUCCCUUUGUAACUUUUUUUCUUGUCAUUUUUGCCUCUUUCUCCCCUGGGAUCCACGGUCGGCCUGGCCAGGCUGUUCUCAAUCCUUUCUCUCCGACGAGUGUUUUAUUCCUUCCUUUUCUUUUUAAAAACUCUCCUUCAGUUUGGGAACAAUGAAGUAUGCCUGUCUGUGUGUGUUGUGUGUUGUUCUCCACCCUUCACAAACUGCCAGUGUAGCUGCAGGUGGGCCACGUGAAGUGGCGCUUAGUGGUUUAUUUCUGGCUUCCCGUCGCUCAGACUAAGAUAGAUUGAGGUGCCACUUUCAUGGCUUCUGGCACUCUGUAGAAAAAAAAAUACCCACCCAUCUUCUUUUCUGUACUAUAAAGAAAUCUUUUCUUCCUCGAGGCAUCCCUCUUCCCCCACUCCUCCCGGGUUCUGUCCCUUGCACGUUGCUUCAUCUCCCGGUCUCUCUUCUCCCCAUGGGAAAAAAAAAACACCUCUCUCCCCAUCUUGGAGUGAGUGCGAAGCAAUAUUUUUCAUGCUCUGUACAUAACUCGCACUGGUAAGGUUAUUUGAAUGAAAUAAUAGUAGACAACCAGAUACUUGACAAUGCUUUUUGUAACACUUGAGCAUAACCAUCGCUUUUCAGAUUUUUAAUUUUUUUUAUUUUGCCUCAUUAUCAGUCAUUUGCUUUUAAUUUUUGCUUCUCUAACUGCAAGCAAGCUUCCUCUGCUUAAUCUUCUAUGCCUUCUCCUCCCCUGUGCUUUUAUUUUUUUUCUUGUUCUGCUUGUGAGUUUGCUAUUAUUUUUCUUUUGUACAACUCUUGUCACAGAAAUCUAAUCAUCUGCAGGGCUAAAACACCAUGCAAAAAUUUAACAAGGUUGUCCAGAAGAGAUUUAGGGCUUUUGGUUGCUGUUCUUGUGGCUGGGUCCCCGAAGCCAUCCAAUCAUCAAGAGGGAAAGGUCUUGGUGGCCAUUAUUCUCUUCACUUGCAGUGGGGAAAAUAAUGUUUCAUUGCGAGGUCUGGGAUCAUGCUGUGAUUUUUUUUUAAGUUUAAAAAGCUGAAACUUGUUUCAUAGAUUCUGCCCCAUUUGGUUAUGGGUGGCGGUAGCAGUUGUAGUCUUCACUGGGUGAAAAUGUUUCAAAGGUUGGUUCUCUCCCUUGCUCCUCUAAACGCUUGUCUGGGAUCUCGUACAUGUGACGGUCUUGCAGGCAGUGCAUCAAAACAGAAACGCGAAACGGUUGGUCCAACUGGCUGCUUUCUGUCAUUGCCAGGUCUGGUCAGUUGCACCCCUCGGUGCCUCCCUGCUUUUAUCCUGGAGUUUUCUAGAACCGGAUCCCACCUCUCUGCCUGGGAGUUGAAGUCAUCCGCCUGAAAGGCCUGGCCUUUGAGCCACCAGAGAGAACUGCUGGGCACUGUCUGAAGCUGUUUUUUUUUUUCUUUUUCCCCUCCCCGCUUCAUCUCUGGGUGAAAAAUUGGAAUGCAUUUUCCCCCUGGCAAGCUCUUGACACCUUCCUAAGCCUUGCCUCAGCGUGAUCAGCAGUGGUCCAUUUCAAUUUUGAAAAACGGUCCUCGGAUCGCUCUUAGGGAAGCACAGAUGUUUUGGGCUCUUCACGCAGCCCCCCCCCCCUCUGUCUUACUAAUUUCUGUUUGAGGGGCUGACUCCUUCCCGCCCCCCCCGGCCUCCUCUUGCCCUUAGUUGCCAAUGCAGCCCUCCUAAUAGAAAAUUUCCACAUUAACGAGCGGAGGGCAUCCACCGGGGAGUGCCCACCCCACCUUGGGAGUGUUGCCCCGACCAGCGGUUUCGAGAUGAUCCAAAGGACCUGGGGUUACCGGUUCUCCUCUCCCUGGAGAGUUCAAGACCUCAUUGAACAAAGAGACGGGUGUUGAGCCCUUCAAGGUGUUCGUAUUCAUUGAGACACCAGACUCCACCUUGAGCCGAAACGCCGGCGUGUCUUGCCCUUUCCUUGCUUUGGAUAUCCAGGUAGCGCUUUUGGAGAAGGAGGCAGACCUUCAAAUCCUGAGCAGCUGCAAGAGAGACGUCAAACUUCCUGUUGAGACACUACAAGUUCCUUUUUUAAAAGCCACAACUCUGUUAUUUGGGUUUGGGGUUUUUCUCCCCCCACAACCCCGGUGUUGCAGGCAAGCAGUCCAGCUGAGACCUUGGCUUUUCCAUCUUAGGAUUCUUCCCCCGUUCUCUUCUUUAACUCAUGCAAGUCGCUUGUCUUGCUGAGCAUCUGACUAGGGGGAAAUUAAGGAAAAAAGUCUCUCUGGUUUCUCCAACUUGAGAUCCAGGGGGACUUGUGUCCUCUUUUUAUUAUCUUGGUGAAAGCCCACAGCAGGUUCAAUGCAGCCCUGGCAGGCUCUCUCCCAGCCAUAGGCUCUCCCCGCAGGCUUCUCUUUCUCUCUUUCCAGAGCAAAUGUGAGUCGCCGGAUGGCUAUUGAGUUGGCCGCCCUGUUGUCUUCUUUUUGUUCUAUGGAAGGUGUGUGUUUGGGGGGGAGGAAAGGCCCACCUGUCCCAUCAAUUCGGAUCCUGCUAAUGCUUCUUCUGUUAAGUGCAAUUCCCCCCUUGUAAAUACUCGACUUUGGUUUUGUGCAUGGUUAUGGUGUAUUGUAUGGUUAUAUAAAGAUUGCCCAAACCAAAA